CCUGGAUGUUGAUAAACGCGAGAGGGGUCCGAGACGAGCCGCGAGAACGAGCACAGCAGGCGAGAACCUGUCUCAGAGUGAUAGGUACUGAUUUGUACCUGGAAAAACCUGUCUGACCAGUCCACCCAGGGGGUCUCACUGGAGGAUCAAGGUAAAUAGGAUUCAUUUCCUGUUUUGAUGCUGUCUUUCCAGCUAUAUUGGAGGAGGUACAGAAGAGCAGGAAAGCAUUUUAGAGUACUGUUUGCUUGUGUCUAGCCUUUCCAGAUCGUACUGCAGAAAUUUGACCCUUAUCUCAUGUUUUGUAGAUUCUGACUAAAUUGAGCAUCUUGUUGCUGAUAUAAAAAUUUUAUCAGCGUUGCAAUAUUGUUUGACUCGCAUUUGCAGCUGAACAUCUACUUUGUUUCUUGUACUAUUUUAUUCACUGAUGUACAUCCAGAAUACUCAUAUCAAAUAAUUUGAAACCUAAACCAUGAAUCCUACUUUCCUAAAAAUGUCAAAGAUGACUUACAGUGGCACAGAAUGUGAAACUGAGAUUGCUUCAUAUAAUAAAACGGUUUUGUACAGCAUUUUUCAUACAAACUAUCUCAGAAGGCUUUAUGGGGGUAAAUAAUAUUAGAGAGACCCUUCUAAUAGGGAGAAAAGAUGUUUUCUUUUCAGAUUGAAAUAACAUGGCAAAUCAGAGAUGGAGCAGACUGCAAGAGCGGUUUAAAAAAAAUUAAGGCUGCUUCUCCCUACAGGUUGUAAGAUUGUGAGGUGAGAUAGAAGGGAAGUUAGGACAAUAAAAAGGUAGUCCAUGAGCUGAAACAACUUGGCUGGAGGUUUUACAUUUCGGGACCCAGUGACCCCCUUUUUAUGUCCAAGAUGAGGGCUGAGUGCGGGAGGGAGAAUGGUCCUGGAAAGCCAUCUUUUAGAAUUCUUGAUUUAACAUAUCUUUGUUCUUCCAGAUCGUCUCCUCGGUACUCAGCUAGUUACUAUGAGCUUGAUACAGAGUGACAACAGCUAUAGAGCCAGAGAUCUGGAGACUGGCUGCUGUGCAGCCAUGGCCAGUGCGUGCAGUGCUGGAGCUAAAGAAGACAGCAUAGGUGUCUCUGUCAGCAGUGGGACUGGAAACCUUCCAAACUCCUUCACGGAGGAGACUCAAGGAUAUGACGUGGAGUUUGAUCCCCCCCUGGAAAGUAAAUAUGAAUGUCCAAUCUGUUUGAUGGCUCUACGGGAAGCAGUGCAGACGCCAUGCGGACACCGGUUUUGCAAAGGCUGCAUUGUCAAAUCAAUAAGAGAUGCAGGUCACAAAUGUCCAGUAGACAAUGAAAUUCUACUCGAAAACCAACUCUUCCCUGACAACUUUGCCAAACGGGAAAUCCUCUCACUGAAGGUGAGAUGUCCCAACAAGGGCUGUCUUCUGAAGAUGGAGUUGAGACAUCUAGAGGAGCAUCAGUUGAAUUGUGACUUCUGCUCUGUGGAAUGCCUACAAUGCCAGAGCUCCUUCCCGAAGAACCAGCUGCAAAACCACAUGACACUGGAAUGCCCACGGCGGCAGGUCUGCUGUCCAAACUGUGCUACAUCUAUGGCUUAUGAAGAUAAAGAGCUUCAUGACCAGAACUGUCCACUUGCAAAUGUGUUUUGUGAAUAUUGCAAUACAGUGCUCAUCAGAGAACAGAUGCCUAAUCAUUAUGAUAAUGACUGCCCUACCGCCCCAGUACCAUGUACAUACAGUGCCUUUGGAUGUCCUGAAAAGAUGCAGAGGAAUGAGUUGGCACGUCAUAUGCAAGAGUUCACUCAGGUUCACAUGAGAAUGAUGGCUCAGACUCUCCGGGGUAUUAGUGUUACUACCACAACUCCCAUGUCCUACCUCAGUGGCCUAUCUUUUGAGCCAUCUCUCUUCUCACAUGUCCCACCUGCCACAUAUGACUGCAACCCAGAAGUUGAGAACUUCAAGGAAACCAUUCAGCAGUUGGAAGGUCGCCUGGUAAGACAAGAUCACCAGAUCAGAGAGCUUAUUGCUAAAAUGGAGACUCAGAGCACUCACGUGGGAGACCUCAAACGCACUAUCCAAAAUCUAGAGGAAAAAAUUGCCGAAAUGGAGGCACAACAAUGUAACGGCAUUUACAUCUGGAAGAUUGAGAACUUCAGCACACAUCUAAGAGCCCAAGAAGAAGAGAGACCUGUUGUGAUCCACAGCCCUGGCUUCUACACUGGGAAACCAGGCUACAAACUGUGUUUGCGCCUGCAUAUCCAGUUACCAAAUUCUCAGCGCUGUGCUAACUUUAUAUCCCUCUUUGUCCAUACUAUGCAAGGAGACUAUGACAGUCAUCUGCCUUGGCCAUUUCAGGGCACCAUACGACUUUCUAUUUUGGAUCAAUCAGAGGGACUUGCAAGGCAGAAUCACGAAGAAGUAAUGGAAGCCAAACCUGAGCUUCUAGCCUUCCAGAGACCAGCAAUCCCCCGCAACCCAAAAGGUUUUGGUUAUGUGACAUUCAUGCACCUGCAAGCUUUGAAGCAAAGAACCUAUGUAAAAGAUGAUACUCUUCUGGUGCGCUGUGAGGUUGUAACACGUUUAGACUUGAACAUUGUACGGAAAGAGGGCUUUCAACCUCGCAGUACUGAUGGGGCUGUAUAGUCUGUUGUGCCCUAACUAAGGGAGCCCCGCACUGCUGUUCUUCCACAACAGAUUGGAAGGAUAAGAGCAUGAACGAAGGGAUUUUCCAGAGGGGAAAAGCUUCAUGAUAAGAGCAGUUAUCUGGGUUGAACAAUGCCAUUCUGCAGGCUAAUACAGCUGAUUUAACUGAAUAGAAUUUGCUGCCUUUGGUAUACAAGCUUUUUCCUCUGUGGAUCAUGUAUUAAAUAUUUCUUCUUGUUCUCUGUUACUGUAUUAAGCUAACUGAGGGAAGUAUUGCUGUGUUAUCAAAGGUGAAAUUCUUCUAGAAGUCUGUGAAAAAGUGGAGCACUGAAGCUAAAUGCCCCAGAUGUCCUAAAUAUGAAAGUAUUGGAAUGCCACUAAAA